UAAUGCUCAACAAUGAAAUAUCUAUAUAUUCGAGAUCGAGUACACUGCACGUGGAAAUUUUAUUUGAACGGAGGAGCGGCCUAGUUAUAAUUCACCUCAUAUUUGCAAAUAUACAUUAUCCACACGUACACCUCAUGGAGAAUGAUCAGCAGCAGCCACUUCUCUCCGGUGAUACCUGCCGGAAUAACUACACACACUUACCGGCGGCGGCGUCUGACUCAUCUCAAAAAGGUGAAGAAGAAGUAGAUGUGCAGAUAAAUGGAGUGGGAGAUUUUUGUAGGGAGGUCUAUAUGGAGUCUAAAAGACUAUGGUAUCUGGCCGGACCAGCUAUCUUUGCCUCCUUUUGCCAAUACACCAUCGGUGCCACCACCCAACUCUUCGCCGGACAACUCGGAACCUUGCAACUAGCUGCCGUCUCCGUCGAGAACUCCGUCAUUGCUAACUUUUCUUACUCCAUUUUGUCUGGGAUGGGAAGUGCAUUAGAGACACUAUGUGGCCAAGCUUAUGGAGCGCGCAAAAUCGAAAUGUUGGGACUCUACCUACAAAGAUCGUGGAUCAUUCUCAACACGACUGCGUUGGCCCUCACAUUUACCUUCAUAUUUGGCGUCUCAAUCCUGCGCCUACUUGGCCAGACCGCUGCUAUAGCUACAGCUGCUGGAAGCUUUGCUGUUUUGAUGAUACCACAACUAUUUGCUUACGCUACUGUGAUCCCGAUAUCCAAAUUCUUGCAAUCACAAUGCAACAUUAUGCCUAUAGCAUUGAUUGCAUUGGUGGCUGUUGUCAGCCAUGUGUUUUUGAGUUGGGUAUUCAUCGUGAAGCUUGGGUGGGGACUAACAGGUGCGGCGGUGGUUCUUGAUGGAUCCUGGUGGUUCAUAGCCCUGGCUCAAGUGACUUAUGUGUUGUGGGGUUCGUGUGGUCAAGCUUGGUCUGGUUUUACUUGGAAAGCUUUUAGUAAUCUCAAGGGGUUCAUUCAUAUUUCGUUUACCACAGCAAUUAUGUUUUGCUUAGAGAGUUGGUAUGUAAUGUCCUUGGUUCUCUUUGCUGGGAACUUCCAGAAUGCAGAAGCCUCUGUUGAUGCAUUAUCCGUGUGUAUCAACAUAUUAGGAUGGGCGUGCAUGGUUUCUUUAGGACUCAAUGUAGCCGUAAGUGUGAGGGUGUCAAAUGAACUCGGAUACAGAAGACCAAAAACUGCACGGCUAUCAGUGAUUGUCGUCACCUUGAAUUCAUUACUAAUAGGAGCCCUCUUUACAACACUUCUUCUAGUAUACAAAAAGCAAUACCCGGCGUAUUUUACAAACAGUAAUGAAGUAAUGCAGCUUGUGGAAGAGCUCACGUUGUUGCUUGGAGCCAGUAUAGUCAUCUACAAUACCGUAUCUGUCCUUUCUGGGGUGGCAAUUGGAGCAGGGUGGCAGUCUGCGGUCGCUUUUAUGAACAUUGGGUCAUAUAUAUGUGUUGGCAUACCAUUGAGCCUUUUGCUAGGGUUUAAAUUCGAUAUGGGUGUCAAGGGAAUAUGGUACGGAUUGGUUUCUGGAGCAAGCGUGCAAUGUUUCCUGUUGUUUUUGAUGGUCUUUCGUACGAAUUGGAAUGAAGAGGCAAACAUUGCUGAAGACAGGAUACAGAGAUGGGGAGGCGAAACCAGAGUGAAAGAGAUUGAUGAAGAAGGAAAAGCCACUAAGUGGUAGUAUUCUGAAUCCUGGUGUAUCAAAGUAGAAACUAACAUAAGAACUUAUCAUGUAUAAUAUAGCUUUUAGGUGAAUUUCACUGAUAUAUUCUGUGUAGUGGCUAAUGGGAAAACCAAUUAUCU